CACGACCCGGCUGCCGCACGAGUCACCGGACUGUGGUGCAUAUCUUUCCGCGUCUUUAAACUCCGCGCAUCACUGAUUUUAGCGUACCGCAGUCAACAUGCGUGUUCUCUACAUUUUAGCCGUACUUGCUUUCGCUUAUACUCAGACAUCAACGUCGUUCAAGUGGCCACUGACGCUACUGACAGAUUUGAACAAGGAGGACACCCUGUUGGAUGGAAUGCAGAGCGAUGAUCCACAGGCCGAUGUCGAGAAACGAGCGAGUGAUCCAAGUGAAUCAUGUGAAUACGGACACAAAAGCGACGUCGUAAUAGAUGACAGUUCAAAGAAAAUCUUGUUUGACUCUGACUUCUCCCGGUACUACAGUGAGAAUGAUUGCGCGCCACGCCCUGUUGUGGUGAUACUUAACACCCCUCCCCACGUGACUGCAAUUCCACAAUACACGACCCUCCACCGGUGCAUGGGAAUCACCCUACUAGGGCGGCACCAGCAGUGCGUAGCGAGUCGCAUGGAGAAACUCUCUGUCCAAUACUAUGACGGCGUUACCUAUGAGAGUCACUAUGCAGUGAUGUAUAACCACACUAAAUGCGAAAGCCAGUGCACCAAGAAAGCGUCCGACUGCAAUGCUAACGAAGCAUUUGAAAACUGCUUGUGUACAUGUCAGACCAGUCAGCUCAACUGCAAUACCACGUACCAGCACGUGGAUCCCGCUAACUGCCGAUGCAACUGCUUAGUCCAGGAGAACUGCGGGAUCUACCGUGAAUGGAACAGAGACACAUGCAAAUGCGAGUGUGCCUCUUGUCUUAGAAAUAUAUGCGUAAAAGCCAACAAGAAUUUUGACGAAGAACAUUGUGCCUGUGUAGAGUAGACUGAAGCAAUAAAUUAUAAACAAUUUUACAAACUAUAAAACACUAACGUUUCUCGUGUACGUUGAUAAGCGUGUCGUUAGAUUUUACCUGAAGAGUGGCUACUGGUAACGGGAGGCCUCGCCUGCAAAAAAGCGAUAAUUUCUUAUUAUAGAACCAGCGCAUCUUUUUGCAUAUGAUGAUAGAUGAUAGUCUACGGCUAUUAUGGCUAAGCCCCCGAUUUAUCAUGGCAAAUUCCAGGCAAAUUGGGGGUUGUAUAUUUAAAUGCACUGUAAGUACCAUUACCUGACCAGGGAAUAAGACUUAGUUUUUUGUACAACGAUCACAAGUUUUCGAGGCAUAGUAUGAGUAUGUAGAAGGCAAUGGUUGUAAUAAGUCUUUGAGAUUACAUGAGAUACUGGAAA